CUGCCCCGAGGGACUUCUCUACAAGACCGCUGCAAGACACCCCCGAGGGACAGGGGGCGCGCGAGGACGGCAAGCGCAUGCUGCGAGGGCUGCUACUGAUGCCCUUGGCCUGCCUCUUCCUCGGCCGAAGGUACGCCUGGCCCUUUAAAAGGGCGCGGCUUCUAGCGCUGACGUCACGGCCUCCCCGACAGUUUGUCCUGCUGGGGCUCGAGCGAGAAGCGAUACAAAGUAACGAAGCGCCCGCCCGCCUUAAAGGGGCCGCGCGCGCAAGCAAGAGGAGGAGGAGGCCUGGUGCUGCCCGCCUGGGAUGGUGGCCCUGCUGGCCCUCGCCGGCUGAGGCCAUGCUAGGGCUGCCGGGGGCGCCGCUGCUGCUGGUGCUGCUGCAGUUGCUGCCCGGGAGAGCGGCGGAGGCCGACAAGAGCGUCCGGCAGAAGGAGGCCGACUUCGACAAGCUCUACGCGGACGCCGUCAACAGCGAGCUGCUCAACAUCUACGCCUUCAACCACACCGUCACGCGCAACUGGACAGAGGGAGUCCGGGUGUCGGUGAACGUGCUCUCGGAGCAGAAGGAGGCCCCCGUGCUCUUUGUGGUGAGGCAGAAGGGGGCCGUGGUGUCCUUCCAGGUGCCCUUAAUCCUCCGAGGCCUAUACCAGCGGAAGUACCUGUACCAGGAUGUCGGCCGCACCCUGUGUCAGCCUCAGACCAAGAGCGAGGCCGAGACGCAGUUCUUCUACGUGGAUGUGUCCACCCUCUCGGUGGUCAACGCCUCCUACCAGCUCCGGGUCAGUCGGGUGGAGAACUUUGUGCUCGGGACAAACCAGCACUUCAGCUUCAACGCCACAGCAGCCCAGCCACAGUAUUUCAAGUACGAGUUCCCAGAGAGUGUGGACUCGGUGAUUGUGAAGGUGACGUCCGCCAUGGCCUUCCCCUGCUCCGUCAUCUCCAUCCAGGACAUCCUGUGCCCCGUCUAUGACCUGGAUAACAACGUGGCCUUCAUCGGCAUGUACCAGACCAUGACGAAGAAGGCGGCCAUCACCGUCCAGAAGAAGGACUUCCCCAACCACAGCUUUUACGUGGUGGUGGUGGUGAAGACGGAGGACGAGGCGUGUGGCGGGGCCCUGCACUACUACCCCUACUCCAAAGACGAGCCCGUGGAUCAAGGCAACCGGCAGAAGGCCCUGGACGUGGUGGUGUCGCCCGCUGUCAGCUCACAGGCCUACGUGAGUGGGAUGCUCUUCUGCCUGGGCAUCUUCUUCUCCUUCUACGUCCUGACGCUGCUCCUCGCCUGCUGGGAGAACUGGAGGCAGCAGAAGAGGAACAUGAUGGGACUCAUUGCCACCAUAGAAACACCCAGCACGGAUACCGGGCACCCCCACGUCUCUCCAGACUCCUUCCUGGGACGCCCACCUUAUAACGGCUACAGUUAUGGUUCCUUCGAUAACGGCUCCACCGUCAGCACCGAGAACGUCACUGACAGUUUGCUCUCCACAGAAGCGUCCUACGGCUACGUGGGGCAGGAUGCGUGCCAGCACCGCCAGAGACACUGGGCCAUGGCUAUGGACCGCUCUCUAGAGAACGUGGUGGGGCGCCCACGACUCGACUCGCUCAGCUCGGUGGAGGAAGACGACUACGACACGCUGGCCGACAUCGAUUCGGACAAGAAUGUCAUCCGCACCAAGCAAUAUCUCUAUGUGGCGGAUCUGGCCCGCAAAGACAAGCGGGUGCUGCGGAAGAAAUACCAGAUUUACUUUUGGAAUAUUGCCACCAUUGCUGUCUUCUACGCCCUUCCGGUCAUCCAGCUGGUCAUCACCUACCAGACCGUCGUGAAUGUCACGGGCAACCAAGACAUCUGCUACUACAACUUCCUCUGUGCCCACCCCCUGGGCAACCUCAGCGCCUUCAACAACAUCCUCAGCAACAUGGGCUACAUCCUGCUGGGGCUGCUGUUCCUGCUCAUCAUCCUGCAGCGUGAGAUCAACUACAACCGGGCGCUCGUCCGCAAUGACCUGCAGGCUCUGGAGUGCGGCAUCCCGAAGCACUUUGGCCUCUUCUACGCCAUGGGCACGGCCCUCAUGAUGGAGGGGCUCCUCAGCGCCUGCUACCACGUCUGCCCCAACUACACCAACUUCCAGUUUGACACCUCUUUCAUGUACAUGAUUGCUGGGCUGUGCAUGCUGAAGCUCUACCAGAAGCGGCACCCGGACAUCAACGCCAGCGCCUACAGCGCCUACGCCUGCCUCGCCGUGGUCAUCUUCUUCUCCGUCGUGGGGGUGGUCUUUGGCAAAGGCAACACGGCCUUCUGGGUCGUCUUCUCGGUCAUCCACAUCCUCUCCACCCUGCUGCUGAGCACCCAGCUCUACUACAUGGGCCGCUGGAAGCUGGACUCGGGGAUCUUGCGCCGAAUCCUCUACAUGCUGUACACAGACUGCAUCCGCCAGUGCAGUGGGCCCAUGUAUGUGGAUCGGAUGGUGCUGCUGGUGAUGGGCAACCUCAUCAACUGGUCGCUCGCCGCCUACGGCCUCAUCAUGCGGCCCAAUGACUUUGCCUCCUACCUGCUGGCCAUCGGCAUCUGCAACCUGCUCCUCUACUUCGCCUUCUACAUCAUCAUGAAGCUCCGGAGUGGUGAACACCUCAAGCUGAUCCCCCUGCUCUGCAUCGUCUGCACUUCCGUCGUGUGGGGCUUUGCCCUCUUCUUCUUCUUCCAGGGACUGAGCACCUGGCAGAAAACGCCCGCCGAGUCCCGCGAGCACAACCGCGACUGCAUCCUGCUGGACUUCUUUGACGACCACGACGUCUGGCACUUCCUCUCGUCCAUUGCCAUGUUUGGCUCCUUCCUGGUAUUGCUGACCUUGGACGACGACCUGGACUGUGUCCAGCGUGACAAGAUCUAUGUCUUCUAGACGGCCAUCUUCCUGCCCGCCGUGGUGGUGGCUCCUUCCAGCGGGCCUGGAGGCCGUCCCGCUGACUGUGGGGGUGGGCGGCCCUGUGUGGGCGUCGCCUUGCAGGGGGCCUCAGCCGGCUUGCCCUGGGCGUCCUCUCCACUCCCCUGUGUUUUGCAGAUGCUGCCACCUGGCCGACCCUGCAGAGGCCGUUUCAGUAUUGCGUCUCGGUGGUGCUGGCUGCCCGGCCAUGGGGCAGCCCUUUGAGUCCCGUCCGUCCGUCCGUCCGUCCGUCUGCGUCCCUGCAGCCCCUCCCUCCCGAGUCACAUUGCUUGCAUGUGCCAGUUCCCCAAGGGGGCCGGGGCGCCUCUUUGCCUCGACUGGCAUCUGCCCUCACCGCUGUGCCUGCCCACGCCCCGCAAGCGAGGCUGGCCCCAGGAGGGCCCAGAGGGGCCGGGGUGGGGAGGAAAUGGGCAGCCUCCCCCUGGCAGGGGUCUCAGGCCGCCCGUGGGGAUUGGGGGGGGAGGCCUGAGCAAGGCCAGCCCUAGAGGAGUGGCGGUGUCUGUGAUGUGGCCCCGCUCCACCCAUCUACGCACACGUGUAUCGUCCACCUCAAGCCCACCCGCGGGUCAGCGGAGGCGGGCCUGCCUUCUCUCCCCCCUUCCAAGCAUGGCCUUUCAGGGGGGUGGAGGUCGGAGGGCGACUGAGCUGAUUUGCCAACUCCUGGGGGGCGGCAGCAGCAGCAGGGCAGCUCUGCUGGGGGGGGGAGGUUUGUCUGUCUUCUCCAAGCACAUUGUCUGGGACUCCCUUCAGUGCCUCAUUUGGGCCGCGGGGCGGGUGCAGGUGCAGGCUGGGGCUCUGUCUACCUUCUCUGUGUGUCUCCUCCGAGCCACUGCCACCCCGAGGCCUGCAUUUCAGCUGCCACUCUGGGCCCCGGGCCCCCAAGGGCCCACUGCCAGUUUACAUUGUGCUGCCGGAGCCUCGUGCUCCCCGCUCUGCCUUUUGCACGGGGCGCUCAGCACCAGCCCCACGGCAGCGCCCGCUCCCGCUCCCUCCGACUUUUGUAUAAGCUGCAGGAAGGUGGUGAGGAGGCAGAGCGCUGCCUGGGGGGCUGGCUGGGGGGCUGUCCCAGCAGUGACUGCGGAAAGGCCACGGGGGGGGACGGCAGGGGGGAGGAUCCUGCCCAGUUGCCGGGGAGGUGCUGCAAGGAGGGACCUCCCGCGUUUGUCCCUCCCUGGCUCUCGGUUCCGCUGUUGAUGGUUCCCCCCCCCCCCGCCGUCCCUUUUCUCAACCUUCCUCCAUGUCCUGUGGUACGGAACACGACGGCAGUCUUCCUGUUUACUGAUUUUGCUGCCAAAUGCCAAGAAUGGAAUAAACGAGAGCCUUGCUUUGC